AUGGCGAUCAACUUCAAGGACGGUGUUAUACUUGGCGCGGACAGUAGAACCACAACUGGAGCGUACAUCGCAAACAGAGUUACAGACAAGCUCACUCAAGUAAACGAUACGAUCUGGUGCUGUCGAUCAGGGUCUGCCGCAGAUACACAAGCGGUUGCGGAUAUUGUUCACUACCAGCUGGGAAUGUAUGCUGUCAUGAAUGGACGAAACCCAACGACCCAAACAGCCGCCGCGAUGUUUCAGGAGCUGUGCUACGAGAAUAAGGACAGGCUGAGCGCUGGGUUGAUUAUCGCCGGUUGGGAUGAGCGACACGGAGGACAGGUAUACUCGAUACCUUUGGGAGGGUCGUUACACAAGCAAUCAUAUGCGAUCGGAGGAUCAGGGUCGACAUAUAUCUACGGAUACUGCGAUGCCAACUGGAAGGAAGGGAUGGAGGAAGAUGCGGCUGUGGAUUUCGUCAAAGGCGCAUUACAGGAGGCGAUCAAGUGGGAUGGAAGCUCCGGCGGCGUUAUCAGAAUGGUGGUCUUGACAAAGGAGGGGGCUAAUCGCCAUCUGUAUCUGCCAGAUACGAAUUACAGCGUCCGUCAGCAAUAG